AUGCUCUCUAAGGCUGCAUAUGUCCGGCCCGUUGCGGCUUAUUCCGCUUUUGGCAGAACGGCGGCUUGCCAGGUGCGUCAUUCGUCCUCCUUUACCAACGGCAUGGGCUUUGGUAUCACCAUACCGCAGCUCUCCGGUCCUGGCGGCGUUUUCGUUACUAAGUAUAAGAUCACCCGACCCUACAAUGAAAACACGACUUGGGACGACCUGCUGCUGUACAUGCCCGAGAGAGACCAGCUGGCCAAGUUCACGAAGGAUGUCCCUCUCUUCAUAAGGUAUCUCAAAUUGGUCACGGACCAGGAAGGCCGUAAGGAAGCCUUCCGGGAGUUCUACCAGAGAUGCAAGGACGGCCUCACGGUAGAGAACGACAUUUUUCUCACCACUGAUGAGCUGUUGGCUCUCAUGUGGAAGAAUGGGUACACCGAGAAAGAACGGAACGCGAUACAAGCGACCUUCCCCUCGGACUACCGCUUCCACUACCCUGAGCUCUCUGUCCUCUUCGAUGUCCCUGAGGAGGAUACUUACAAGUUUUGCCUUCGUAGUCGCAUGGAGAAAAGCCAUAUUGGCGAACUUGACUACGACAAGGUUGGAAUUAAUUCCAUACCACACCUUAUUCAAUUCAUUCAGGUUAAGCGGAAGGGCUUCCUCAGAGAUCACUGGUUGAUCUUCGCUGGAGGAUGGUACAUCUUCAAGAACUUCCCAUUCUACAACUACCUCUUCUACAUGAAGACCUACGGGUUCUCUCUGUGGUUCGUCAGCUGUUGGUACCUCUUCUCGAGAAUGGCCAACCGUGUUUGGAGACGGUAG